AACCUAUCUUUUUCUUGGACGCGGUUCGGAGAUAACCGCUAAUUGGGAUUGCCUCAGCUGCAGUGCUGCAGGAACGUAGUUACACGCUUAUUUCUCUGGAUGAAAUUGGUGGGCGGCAGAUGGAAGGAGGGACCCCUGGUUGCGCAAGAUCGACGGGGAUGUUAACCAUAGUUGGGUAUUGGGACCCAGUGGUAGCUUGUUUGAGUCGAAGCUUCGCGUGCAAGGAUCUAGUGCUCAUUGUCGAGCGCUCCCAUUUCCUUUUCCAGAUGUUCCUCAAUCCCCCCAGCCACUAUCUCCUCUCACUGGCGCAAACUUCCCUGUGCCAUACCCUGACCUCGCUCUUUUUGCCUCUCCCUGCCACCCCAUUCUGAUUCCCUCCGCUAUGGGGCGGCACAGACCUCAUGACCAUGGUCGCGAAAAUAAUCAUAAGUCGUGUAACGAGGAGGGCUGUAGUGAUACUCAUUCGACGAAGCAAAAAAAAAAGGCCAAGGAUAGACACGUUCAUUGUCCUAUCUGCAAGAGGAGGCUGAAGCGACGGAGUGACCUUUCCCGUCACAUGUUGACACACCUUCUUCUUAGGGAUUUCUACUAUUGUCCUUAUUGUCACGAUCAAGACCGUGAUGAUAAUGGUGAUCGUAAGUACUAUCGUCAACUUCACAACCUGAUGUCGCAUGUUCGCAAACAUGUUCGCAAACAACCGUGGACAUGUGGCAUAGCGAUAGGCUCUAAAGUCUGGUGCACUAAACGCUUUGCCGACCGUACCACCAGACAUCAACAUAGGGUCGAAGCACACGACGACAAUGACUACGAUGAGGACGGCUCAGUGAAGCGUGCGGAUAGUGCUCCAAAAGCGUCCGCGAAAAGACGUAUCUUAAGAGGCACGUCCGACAUCGGAAGAGUGGCUGGCUGCCUCUACGAUCUCCAUCUUAGUGGCGUGAAAGACAUUGACUUCAAUCUCCCUGUGAGGGGAGCUACUCUCCAUGUCUCGCCGCAAGUAGGUUUACCCUACUACCAAGUCCAUAUUACGGAGGACGACGUUGAAGCACUGGAAGAAGAAUGCGAUGAACGUGCAGAAGAGGUGGAAAAUGCGUAUAAAGCUUUAAAGCGGAGGAAGUCUUUAGCUAAGUCUCCUAUGCGCAGCACUGUUCGUCAUCGCUCUCGCAGGGCUUUGAUUUCCGAUAGCGACGACUUCUACAAAAUUUCUGGUCCCCCUGGACCACCUUCCGCAUCGUCGAGUCGGACAGCCACUGCUCCUUGGUUUGACGACGUCCCUGACGCUUCUCGCUCGGUUCCGUCCCACAUCAACUCUUUCCCUUCCCCUGAACUACCUCGUGCUUCAUCAAGUCGAUUGCCCUCCAUUUCUCAUUCCUAUCAACUCAUUCAAGACCGCUCAGAUCCUCUCCACACAUAUUCAUACCUGCCGCCAGAACCAUCUCGCGCGUCUUCAAGUCGAUUACCCCCCUCUCCUCGCCUUAGCGAUGUUCAUUGCUCCUACAGUCCUCUAUAUUCUCCGGACACACCGCUCGAAUACACUCUUCCACCUCUCGAACUACCUUGUGCAUCUUCGAGCCGAUUGCCCGCUCCUCGUUUUGACGAUGUUCCCCAUUUGAUGUACAACCAGUUUGAUUCCUACUCAUACCCUCCGCCUCAACUGCGUCCGGCGUCGCCUUACACGCAUGCCCCGCGUUCGCCUUCCCUCAAUAUGACCCAUUCGGAUUCCUAUCGACAUUAUAACCGACGAGUUGUUGAGGACACUGGUGGCGUCCAACGUCGCCAUCUUCCUGCGCCCAGUCGUUCUGAUCCACUCCGCUAUUAUUCGGAGAAUGUACGUAUCAACUCGCAUCCAUACCUCGCGCGACGUCCAAGGCCUGGGUUGACUGGUGCAUUCGCUUCGCCUCCCUCUCGUGCUCUUCCCGAACUCCCCACUCCUCCUUGGAGCCCACCGCCUGUUUGUCAAGGAGGUCGUCGUUCAUAUGCACCAUCACCGUCACAAUCGCCUCCCCGUCCGCCCCCGCCACAACCAGUGCAAUGCCCUAUGAAGUGGACAGACGUGACCAGACCGUCAUUACCACCCAACUUCAGGGGCUUUCGCAAAUAGGUUUCCUCUUCGAGGCCCUCAAACCCAUCGAUCACAUCUCCACUCUAUAUGCCUUUCAUACUGGUCCUCUCAUGCUGUUGUCUCUUUGUCGUCCUGCUCUCGGGCCCGUUAUUUUUACUGUAUUCUCUUUGAACGCUCUUAUUGUCUUAUCAUUUUAGAAUCGUACUCAGUAUUUGUUGUGGGUUGGUGGUCAUAGUCGUAUUAUCCGUUGCCCUAGUUGUGCAGCAGUUGUGUAUUGGUUGUUUCCUGUAAUUUCAUUGUUCUCUGUCUGUUAUACUUAUUGCCUUCGCUCCAACUUCCCCGAUGGCCGUUGUAAACAGCUUGAACUAUGUAAGCUCCAUAGGUCUUCUAUUUAUGAAGCACACGUUGCUAGG